AUGGUCGUCCGCGCCCUUGCCAUCAUCAUGCUCGCCCUGGCCCUCGGCAUCUUCAUAUACGCCACCGUCACCUGGGAAUACAAUGUCAUGCCCGGAUACAUCAUGGUAUCCAUCUAUGUCGUCUUCAAUCUAGUGUGCAUGAUUCAUGUUGCAACUUUACUCGCCUCAAAGUGUCACUCGUCGUGCUCUUUUCAGAAGACCUGUAUCGCAGUCCGCAUCGCCCUCGAGGCCGCCGCGACAGGCGGGGCCAUUGGAGGUGGCUUUGUCGAGUUUUCCGAGCCGGCCGAGCUCCCGGACUGCGACUCUCCUACCUGCCAGGCGGCAUCGCAGAUUGGAAUAGCGCGAGAGCCUGCUGCGACGCUGAUAUGGAUCACUGCAGCAUUGCAUUAUGUCUUCCUCAACUUGGUUGCCGUCGAAUACUGCCUCCUCCCGCGGAAAUAUGUGCGCGAGCCGUUGGGUGCAGACUGUGAACUGCCGAAUAGACCAUUGCCCUGA